CCGCCGAAAGGAUAUUAUUUAGCUAAGGAUGCGAUUUAGUAGUUUAUAUUUAGGUUUUAUCUAAACGUAAACAUUUUUGUUAUUUUAACACCUUUGCGGGGUCAUUUUAUAUCAACUAAAUAGCUUCCGAUACGGAGAAAAGGUUCCUGCGUCAAAAGAAACACGUGUUGAUUGGUGGAUUGGUGUCAUAAGUAAUAGUUUUGGCUCCGUUCUAUGCAUUCUUAGAGACCGUACCACACCGUCAAAGAAAUAAGUCAUACUAUGGAAGUUUCCUGUGGAGUUAAACCGCAAGCAUCAGAGGAAGUGGUGGCUACAGAGGCAGCAGUCGAAAGCAAGGAUGUUGAAAAUUCCGAGAAAAUAGAAAAUCCGGAGGAGUUGAAGGACGCGGAAUUUGAAUAUCUACAGCGCAACGAAUUCACCUCUGAAAUAUAUAAAAUUGAAGUUCGUAAUUUAGGAUACUUUGGAAUCGGUGAAUUUAAGAAGCUGUUGAAGAAUAAACUUAAGCUGGAUAUGAGCAAGAUAAAGUCACCUCUGCGCAAAGAAUUUGCAUUUGUUUGCUUCCGAAGUCAGGCGGAUCAAGAGAAGGCAUUGACGCUUUUGAAUGGAUACAAAUGGAAGGGGAAAGUUUUGCAAGCUCAAAUUGCAAAGGCUUCUGCAGAUCCAUUGCAGCGAAAACGUAAAGAAGCUGAAAAUACCAGAGAUUCCGAUGCCAAUAAACGACACAAGACUUCAGCGGAAGCAACAUGCCCACUGGCCUCCAUGUCCUAUGACAAGCAACUGGAACAAAAGGAAGCCGAUAUGAAAGAACUUACGAGGAAGUUUUUAAACGAAUUGAAAAAAACUAACCGGGAAUCCAAGGCUCAUUUGGAAGAUUUUAAAUAUGAAGGGGUACUCGCAUCACCACAAGUGGAUGGGUACAGAAACAAAAAUGAAUUCACUGUAGGGAAAAAUUCUGAUGGCGAGAUUGUUGUAGGUUUCCGUCUGGGUAGUUAUGCAGAUGGCUCCGUAGAAGUCGCCGAAGUUCAGUCUUUGCCGCAUAUACCCGAAGCUGCCAAGUGGGGAGCGAGCUCAUUUCAAAAUUUUGUCAGAAAAUCUAAAUUUCAACCAUUUAACCCCGAAGCUAAUUCAGGCCAUUUCAGGCAACUAAUGGUUCGCGUAUCCUCUUCCCACGCAAAAGAGAUAAUGUUGGUUGCCGGCAUUUAUUCAUCAAAUCUGAGCGCCGAGCAAUUGGAAGAAGUCAAACAAGACCUUAAACAAUACUACAGUGAGUUGGAAGAGUCUGGAUUUAAGUGCACUUCCUUGUACUAUCAAGAUGUAAAGCACAGAGAAGCUGGACAAAUGGUAUCGCCGGUGGAACAUCUGGCUGGCACCACGCAUAUACAAGACACAAUUCAUGGUCUAAAUUUCAGAAUAAGUCCUUUGGCAUUCUUCCAAAUUAACACUGCCGGUGCCAAUGUUUUAUAUCAAAAAGCCAUUGAUUUAGCCAACCCUCAACCCCAUUCGUAUGUACUUGACAUUUGCUGUGGAACUGGCACGAUUGCAUUGUCAUUUGCCAAACAUUGCAAACAGGUGUUGGGCGUAGAGAUCAUUCCCGAUGCAAUUAAAGAUGCUGAGUUCAAUGCUGAGAAUAACAAUGUGCAAAACUGCAAAUUCUUUGCUGGAAACGCUGACGACUAUAUUCAGUCGAUGGUGCGGGAAGUAACUUAUGGCAACCCUCCGGGAACGCCUCUAGAUGUGAUAGCUGUUGUAGAUCCUCCCAGAGCAGGACUGCAUAACAGAUCAAUUGCCGCCAUACGGGCUGCUUCAGCUAUCACACGGUUGGUUUACAUCAGCUGUAACCCCCAAAGAGCGCAACGAAAUUGGAUAGAACUAGGGCGACCUGAAUCGAAACAAUACAAAGGUGAUCCAUUCUUCCCCAUUACUGCCGUUGCAGUGGAUAUGUUUCCUCAUACGGCACACACGGAGAUGGUCAUACUAUUUGAACGAAGAAGCAGUGAGAAAAGUGAUAAGCCCGUGUCAUCAAAGCCUUCAGAAGAAAAAACAUUGGAAACCGUGCAAGAAAAAACAGAAAAUGAUUCUAAAGAAUAAAUACAUACUGUGGCCUCUUACAUAAAA